AUAUCUCUUACACGUCGGCUGCCACAAGAAGUAAGGGAAAGCACUUUCCCGCCCAUUUCUCUGCACUUCACCCAUCAAUGGCUCCCAAAUCCGAUAGCGCAGAAGCGAUCGUGCUCAACUUCGUUAACGAGCAAAAUCGUCCACUAAACUCUCAAAAUGUUGCUGAUUCAUUACAAAAAUUCAACCUCAAGAAGACAGGGGUGCAAAAGGCACUGGAUGCCCUUGCCGAUAGUGGACGAAUUUCUUUCAAGGAGUAUGGCAAGCAGAAGAUAUAUCUCGCCCGGCAAGACCAAUUCAAGAUCCCAAACAGCGAGGAACUUACUCAAAUGAAGGAAGCAAACGCCAAACUGCAGCAACAUCUAAGCGAGCAAAAAAAGGCUAUUACCCAGGUGGAGGAAGAAAUUCGAACGUUGCAGUCAAACUUAACGCUGAAAGAAAUGCGGGAAAAGGAAGCUAUGCUGAGAAAGGAGGUUAAGGAAUUGGAAGAAAAAUUGGAAACAUUACGCGGAGGUGUUACGUUGGUGAGCCCAGAAGACCGCAAAGCAAUCGAGCAGAUAUACUCUGAGAAACUAGGCCAGUGGCGAAAGCGAAAAAGGAUGUUCAAAGAUAUAUGGGAUGUUAUCACUGAGAACUCACCUAAGAAUCUAAAAGACUUUAAGGAAGAACUUGGCAUUGAGUACGAUGAAGAUGUGGGCGUGAAUUUGCAGUCAUUCAGCGACAUGUUACCACAAAAUCGAAAACGGCCCAGGGGCAAGUGAGUGAUAACAUAAAAUGGAGCGUCCAAGUAGAGCAAAUGCAGGUAGAUUCUGUCUGCCUAAAGGUUUGCUUUUGUAUCAGGAUUACUUAUCAAGUUGUUUUCAUUGAUCCAUGCUAAGUUGAAGAAACAAUUUAUUAACUAAAAUGCUGAGUAAAAGAAAUUGCCGUCCUUGACACAAUUUUUGUCGAAUGGGUUUCUACUGUAUUCUAUAAUUUACUUGGUCA